CCCAGCCCCAGUUCGAGCCCGAAACCCCAGCCCGAGCCCGAACCCGAACCCACGGAGGGCGCUGGGCGGCGGGCGGCGCAGGGAGCGCGGGCUGGAAAGGAUGCGAUCGCAGACGCGGAGCCGCCGCUGCGUCUGAGCGGCCGAGAGCACCGAGUGCCGCGUCGCUGCGGGCCCGGCGGCGCCAUGGGGAAGGAGCAGGAGCUGGUGCAGGCAGUGAAGGCGGAGGACGUGGGGACCGCGCAGAGGCUGCUGCAGAGGCCGCGGCCGGGGAAGGCCAAGCUCCUGGGCUCUACCAAGAAGAUCAAUGUCAACUUCCAGGACCCGGAUGGUUUCUCAGCCCUGCACCAUGCCGCCCUGAAUGGCAACACAGAAUUGAUCUCUCUGCUGCUGGAGGCCCAGGCUGCUGUAGACAUCAAGGACAACAAAGGCAUGCGGCCAUUGCACUACGCGGCCUGGCAGGGCCGGAAGGAGCCCAUGAAGCUGGUGCUGAAGGCGGGCUCAGCAGUAAAUGUUCCAUCUGAUGAGGGCCACAUACCGCUGCAUUUGGCUGCCCAGCAUGGUCACUAUGAUGUGUCAGAGAUGCUACUACAGCAUCAGUCCAACCCCUGCAUGGUAGACAACUCCGGAAAGACACCUCUGGACCUGGCCUGUGAGUUCGGCCGCGUAGGGGUGGUCCAGCUGCUGUUAAGCAGUAACAUGUGUGCUGCGUUGCUGGAGCCUCGGCCAGGGGACACCACUGACCCCAACGGCACCAGCCCCCUGCACCUGGCAGCCAAGAAUGGCCACAUCGACAUCAUCAGGCUCCUUCUUCAGGCUGGCAUCGACAUUAACCGCCAGACCAAAUCUGGCACAGCCCUUCAUGAGGCUGCACUCUGUGGGAAGACAGAAGUGGUUCGGCUACUGUUGGAUAGUGGGAUCAAUGCCCAGGUGAGGAACACCUACAGCCAGACAGCACUGGACAUUGUCCACCAAUUUACUACGUCCCAGGCCAGCAAGGAGAUCAAGCAACUGCUUCGAGAGGCCUCAGCAGCUCUCCAGGUCCGGGCAACAAAGGAUUACUGUAACAAUUAUGAUCUGACCAGCCUGAAUGUGAAGGCCGGUGACAUUAUCACGGUACUUGAACAGCAUCCAGAUGGUCGGUGGAAAGGCUGUAUCCAUGACAACCGGACUGGCAAUGACAGGGUGGGCUACUUCCCAUCCUCCCUGGGGGAGGCUAUCGUCAAGCGAGCAGGUUCCCGGACAGGCAGCGAGCCAAGCCCACCCCAGGGAGGUGGCUCAUUGGGUCCCUCUGCACCCCCGGAAGAGAUCUGGGUGCUGAGGAAGCCUUUUGCAGGUGGAGAUCGCAGUGGCAGCUUGAGCAGUGUGGCUGGGGGCAGGAGUACUGGGGGUCACACCCUGCAUGCAGGCUCGGAAGGAGUUAAGCUCCUGGCAACUGUGCUUUCCCAGAAGUCAGUCUCUGAGUCCAGCCCAGGAGAUAGCCCGGUCAAGCCUCCAGAGGGCUCUUCAGGUGCUGCCCGGUCCCAGCCUCCAGCAGCCCAUGCUGGGCAGGUAUAUGGGGAGCAGCCACCCAAGAAGCUGGAAUCGGCCUCAGCCUCUGAGGGCAAGAGUGCUGAGGCAGUCAGUCAGUGGCUUGCCACAUUCCAGCUACAGCUCUAUGCCCCCAACUUCACCAGUGCUGGCUAUGACCUGCCCACCAUCAGUCGUAUGACCCCUGAGGACCUCACAGCCAUUGGUGUUACCAAGCCAGGCCACCGUAAGAAGAUUACGGCGGAGAUCAGCGGCCUGGACAUCCCUGACUGGCUGCCUGAACACAAACCCGCUAACCUGGCUGUGUGGCUGUCAAUGAUUGGUCUGGCCCAGUAUUAUAAGGUGCUGGUUGACAACGGCUAUGAGAACAUUGAUUUCAUCACUGACAUCACUUGGGAGGACCUGCAGGAGAUCGGCAUCACCAAGCUGGGACACCAAAAGAAGCUGAUGCUGGCGGUGAGGAAACUGGCAGAGCUGCAAAAGGCAGAAUACUCCAAGUAUGAGGGGGGACCCCUACACCGAAAGGCACCCCAAUCACUUGAAAUGAUGGCCAUCGAGUCGCCGCCCCCACCUGAGCCUGCUGCAGCAGAGUGCCAAUCUCCCAAGAUGACCACCUUCCAGGACAGUGAACUCAGUGGUGAGCUGCAGGCUGCCCUGUCUGGCCCAGCUGAAGCAGGUGCAGCUGCUGCUGAGAAAUCCUCCAACCACCUGCCACCCACUCCGAGGACAACCUUGCGACAGGAGUCCAGCCUGAGUGGACGGGCUCGGCACAUGAGCAGCUCUCAGGAGCUGCUGGGUGACGGGCCUCAAGGGCCUGGCAGUCCUAUGUCACGAAGUCAGGAAUACUUGCUGGAUGAGGGCCCAGCUCCUGGCACCCCACCCAAGGAGGUGCGAUCUAGCCGCCAUGGCCACAGUGUCAAGAGGGCCAGCGUGCCCCCGGUGCCCGGCAAGCCACGACAGGUCCUUCCAUCCGGUCCCAGCCACUUCACACCCCCACAGACACCCACCAAAGCUCAGCCAGGCUCCCCUCAGGCCCUUGGGGGACCUCAUGGUCCAGCCACAGCCAAGGUGAAGCCUACCCCACAGCUGCUACCACCAACAGACCGACCCAUGUCACCCCGCUCCCUGCCUCAGUCACCCACACACCGUGGCUUUGCCUAUGUACUGCCCCAGCCAGUUGAGGGCGAGGCAGGGUCACCUGCUCUGGGCCCUGCUCCCCCACCAGUACCAGCAGCUGUGCCCACAUUAUGCUUGCCCCCAGAAGCUGAUAUAGAGCCUGGGCGGCCCAAGAAACGUGCCCACAGCUUGAAUCGCUAUGCAGCGUCUGACAGUGAGCCGGAGAGGGAUGAUCUGUUGGUGCCUGCUGCUGCUGGACCCUAUGCCACGGUCCAGCGGCGUGUGGGUCGGAGCCACUCAGUGAGGGCUCCUGCUGGCUCUGACAAGAAUGUUAACCGCAGUCAGUCCUUUGCUGUGCGGCCACGCAAGAAGGGGCCCCCACCACCUCCACCCAAACGCUCCAGCUCGGCCAUGGCCAGUGCCAACCUAGCUGAUGAGCCAGCUCCAGAUGUUGAGACCGAGGAUGGCCGGCUGGGGGUCAGGGCACAACGCCGGCGGGCUAGUGACCUUGCUGGCAGUGUGGACACAGGCAGUGCUGGCAGUGUGAAGAGCAUUGCAGCCAUGUUGGAGCUGUCUUCCAUUGGGGGCGGGGGCCGGGCUAUUCGCCGGCCCCCGGAAGGCCACCCCACACCUCGUCCUGCCAGUCCAGAGCCGGGCCGAGUAGCUACUGUGUUGGCCUCUGUGAAGCACAAAGAGGCCAUUGGGCCUGACGGUGAAGUGGUGAACCGGCGCCGUACACUCAGUGGCCCAGUCACUGGACUUUUGGCCACUGCUCGCCGGGGACCUGGGGAACCUGCAGAGCAGAGUCAUUUUAUGGAAGAUGGCACAGCCCGACAACAGCUUCGAGGUUCAGCUAAGGGUGAGGCAAGUGCAGAGGGUCCUCCCCUUGCCCGGGUAGAGGCCAGUGCCACGCUCAAGAGGCGCAUCCGGGCCAAGCAGAGCCAACAAGAGAAUGUCAGGUUCAUCCUGACAGAGUCUGACACAGUCAAGCGCAGGCCUAAGGCAAAGGAGCCUGACACUGGGCCUGAGCCACCCCCACCACUGUCUGUGUAUCAGAAUGGCACAGCCACCGUUCGCAGACGGCCAGCUUCAGAGCAGGCUGGGCCCCCAGAGCUGCCCCCUCCUCCUCCACCUGCUGAGCCCCCACCUGCUGACCUGAUGCAGCUGCCUCCUCUGCCCCUGCCUGAUGGCAAUGCACGGAAGCCCGUGAAGCCACCCGUCUCUCCCAAGCCCAUUCUGGCUCAGCCUGUGUCCAAGAUCCAGGGCUCACCUACACCUGCCUCCAAGAAGGUGCCACUGCCAGGCCCUGGCAGCCCAGAGGUAAAGCGUGCUCACGGAACGCCACCGCCCGUGUCACCCAAGCCUCCGCCGCCACCUACAGCACCCAAGCCAGCCAAGUCUUUGGCGGGACUACAGUCCAGCAGCGCCACCCCCUCACCUGUGCCCUCACCGGCGCGUCAGCCGCCAGCAGCCCUCGUCAAGCCAGCUAGCUCGCCGCCCUCACAGAGCGCCAGCCCCGCCAAGCCCCCUUCCCCAGGGACACCCGCGCUGCACGUACCCGCCAAGCCCCCUCGCGCUGCUGCUUCUUCAGUGGUCUCCGGACCCCCAGUAGCUUCAGAGUGUGCUUCGCCUGGGGACAGCGCUCGGCAGAAGCUGGAAGAGACUAGCGCGUGUUUGGCUGCAGCACUGCAGGCAGUGGAGGAGAAGAUCAGGCAGGAGGAUGGACAAGGUCCUCGCCCCUCCUCCAUUGAGGAGAAGAGCACUGGCAGCAUCCUGGAAGACAUCGGCAGCAUGUUCGACGACCUGGCCGACCAGCUGGACGCCAUGCUAGAGUGAGGCAGCCACCCACGUGGGCCCACCGUACUCCCCGCACUUUGACCUUUACCUCAGGACGGGCACCUCCAAGCGGUGGGUGGGGGCCGAGUGGGCGGGGCACGCCCAGCUCUGCACAAGCACAACUCCUACUCUUGGCCCAGGCUGGUCGUCAGCCCCCUGGCAUGGGAGUCAGGGGCGCUCCAAGGGCUCUGAGCAGAUGCGCUGCCUGCUGGUGCCCAUUCCUGUCUGCUGCUCCCUGUGCAACAACUGCUGGGCCCUACCCUUGCAGGCUUUGCUCUGCUGGCGGAGGGCUGCCCCUCCCUUGCCCUAGGCAGACUGAGCACCAAGGGAAGAUGAGGGGGAUGGCCACUGUGGCCCUCUCUCCAAUCUGUGGCAGAGCACAGGCCUAUGCCCAGCACAGAACUGCCCAUUGGGGAACCUCUGCCAGCUGCUCUGGCACAGCACAAGGGACAGGGGGGCCAAGGUUGGGCUCGCCCUACUGCACCCCAGAAUAUAAGCUAUCAAGAGUAUUAAUUUAUUGGGAAUGAGCUGAGGCAGAUUUCCCCAGAAAAACAAAAAGAUAACUUUAACAAAUAUAUAUUUAAAGAGAAGAAAUAUUAUUGAUUCUAUAGAAACCAUUUACCAACAGGAAAGUUACAAGUCCAGCUUGAGACUAAAGCUGUCAGAGGCCGAGGCUACCUGUCUGCCCUUCUCUUUCAUCUAGGAGUGGCCUUGCCCUUGGUCACGAGCACACACACCUGGGAGGCACACACAGUCUGGGGGUGGCUCUGCC